AUGUGGAAUCGGUUAAUUCCACCAAUCCUUGUGAUUUUAGUCAUUUUUCUUUUUCUUCGAUAUUCCUAUGAUUCUGGUGAAAGUGUUCCAACUUAUAUUGUGAAGAGUUUGAAUUUGUCGCCAAUUUCGGCACCGAGGCAAUAUUUUGAUUUUUAUGAAGCUGAAAGGGAUCGAGAGUUCAGAGGGAAGCAGGUGAGCAAAAUUUGGAAUAUUGUAAGUGGAUCCUUCGAUUUGCAAUUUCCAGCUCCCCAUCCCCAAAUCCGCCUACCUUCUCUCCGCCUUCGAAUUUCCCAACGAGAUAUCGAUUGUUCACAUCAAUCGAGACAUCACUGGUGCCACUCUUUGGUGUCGAUAUUUUGACGAGAAUUCGACUGAAGUUUCAGCUCCUCAAAAAUCCUUCACCUUCCCAGUUUAUCUGGUAAAUUGUCCAAAAGUCGAGGGAACUCGAAAAGUUUCAUUGAGUGUUUUCGAGAAUUCGACGGAUUUUGAUUUUCCGAUUCCGCUAGUGCCACGUGGCAUGAAACAUUAUGUGGAUGACAAAUAUGAGUUUUCAAUGUGUAUGUCACCAAUUUAUGGAAAAGAACCAAAAUGGUUGUUGAUUUCAGAGCUCAUUGAGCACUAUAAAUUACAGGCAGGUGAAAUUUGGCACCAAAAACUCAUCAAAAAUCUUUAGGGUGUAAGUCACUUCUACUUCUACGUCUAUCAAAUCGAUCAAUACAGUCGAGCGAUGUUGGAGGACUAUCAAAGAACCGGCGAGAUUACUGUAGUGGAUUUAUUGGAGAAAUACGAUAGGGAAUUGUUGCAUUGGCAAAUUGUGGCAUUUAGGGUAACUUGUCUGAAAUUUUUCACAACAAAAAAAUAAGAGUUUGUAGGAUUGUCAACUUCGCGCGAAAUUCGAAUCCCGAUGGUUGCUUUUCAGUGAUUUGGAUGAGCGAAUUAUUAUGACUGGGUAUCCAGGAACAAUUUUGAAUUAUUUGAGAGAUUUGGAGAAUCCAGAUAGUAUUGGGGCGGUUGUCUUUAGGCAGAGAUGGAUUUUGAAAACUGAAACUAUGCCUGAAAAAUAUAUCAAUGAUAGUCAUGUGAGUGUUUUUUCUGAGAAUCCCAAAAAAUCCCCAAAUCUUCCAGCUUCUCACCUGGCUUCCAACUCUUCGCUGGCACAAUACCUCAUCUGUAGGUCCACCAGGUCACACCGUAAAAACCAUAGCUGAUCCAAAAAAAGUCUACGAAGCCUGGACACAUUAUCCGGUGAAAUAUUAUCCAGGACAACAUCGCAGUAUUGAUGUGAAGCCGGAAGAGGGAAUUGUUAGGUGGGGGAUUUUUAAAACUUCAGAAUAUCUAGAAAUCCAAUUUUUCCAGACACUAUCGCGAUCAACAAAUGUGGAAUUGGGGUAAAACGUGGCUCAAAGAUGUGCUCAAAUUCGGACCGCUUUCUCUAACAAAUUACUCGGAGAUUUAUCAGGGAAAAUUGGUAGAGAAUGUGCGAAAGCGGGUGGAAAAUGUGUAUCUCAAUUAUAAAUUAAGACUGGAAAAUUAGUUAAUUAAUUAAUUACUAUUAGGUUAGGUGAUUUAACGGGUGGGAUAAACAAUUGUUUUUGGUCGUGAUGUUGUGUAGAUCUAUUAAUUUGAUGGAUCAAACAUUGAACAAAUAAUGGUUUUUGUAAAACAUGAUUCUCUUUUUACAUAAAAAAAACAAAAGAAACAUAUGUUAUGACGUGGCAAAUAUUGGAUUUUUAAAAUUUUCAAGGAUCUGGCUAGAAUGUUAGUUGAGGCUAGAUUCGAUUGGAAAAUCAGGCCUGAUAGAUCUUGCAAAAUCAAACAAAUAUAUCUUCUUCAAUAUAGUUUGGUGUUAUUUAUUUAAUUUCAUUUUUUGAAUUUUUCACCUGAACAAACAAAUACUGUAGAGAACAUUAAUUAAUAAAAAUUUGCCAAUCUAUGAUCAUUUUCAAUUGUUGAACUCGCUAAACUGAACCGGAUGCAUUUUGGAUCUUUUCGAAAACCAAAGGUAUGUUGGAACUAUGUACUUGAAAUGACAGCUCAGAAUCUUCAGGUUUUAAGUCGUUUAAUCCCACUGACCUUCCUUCUUGUACUGACACCUUUGUAUCUUCGAUAUUCCUAUGACACCGAGAAAAUUUAUGUUAUGAAUAGUUUGAAGUUGGAGCCGAGAUUGGCACCGAAAGAUUAUUUUGCGUUUUAUCAAGCAGAAAGGGAUCGGAGAUUUGGGGAAGAAGAGGUUUGUUAAUAAGAUCUAGUGGAAUUAUAAAUUAUGAUGAGAUCUAGUGAAAUUUCCAGCUUCCCAUCCCAGACUCUGCCUACCUUCAAUCCGCCUUCGAAUUUCCCAACGAAAUCUCGAUUGUUCACACCAAUCAAAACAUCACCGGUGCCACUCUCUGGUGUCGAUAUUUUUCGGAAAACUCCACCGAAAUUUCAGCUCCUCAGAAAUCCUUCACAUUCCCCAGUUAUAUGGUAAACUGCCCAAAAGUUGCCGGAACUCGAAAAGUUUCGUUGAGUGUUUUCGAGAAUUCGACGGAUUUCGAUAUUCCGAUUCCACUUGUGCCACGUGGCAUGGAAGAUUAUGUGGAUGACAAAUAUGAGUUUUCAAUGUGUAUGUCACCAAUUUAUGGAAAAGAGCCAAAAUGGUUGUUGAUUUCAGAGCUCAUUGAGCAUUAUAAAUUACAGGUAGGUGUAAUUUGACACAAAAAAAAUCAAUCAAAAAUGUUUAGGGUGUCAGUCACUUCUAUUUCUAUGUUCAUCUAAUCGAUCAAUACAGUCGAGCAAUUUUGGAGGAAUAUGAGAAAACUGGCGAGAUUACUGUGGUGAAUAUUCUAGAAAAGUAUGAUCGGAGAGUCAAACAUUUUCAAAUUGUAGCAUUCCGCGUGAGUUUGCAUUGAUUUUCGUGUCGAGAAUCAGUUCCAGAAUUUUGUAGGAUUGUCAACUUCGCGCAAAAUACGAGUCCCGUUGGUUACUUUUCAGUGAUUUGGACGAGCGCGUUAUUAUUACUGGACAUCAGGGAACAAUUUUGAAUUAUUUGCGAGAUUUGGAGAAUCCAGAUAGUAUUGGAGCUGUGAUUUUUAGGCAGCGAUGGAUUUUGAAAACUGAAACUAUGCCGGAAAAAUAUAUGAAUGAUAGUCAUGUGAGUUUCAGAAAGAGAUUGAAGAAUUUCAAAGUUUCGAAACGUACAUUUCUGCAAGAUACUCGUAUAUUUAAAAAAAUUCCUGAAUCUUCCAGCUUCUCUCCUGGCUUCCAACUCUUCGCUGGCACAACACCUCAUCUUUUGGCCCUCCAGGACACACCGUGAAAACGAUAGCUGAUCCGAAAAAAGUCUACGAAGCCUGGACACAUCGGCCGAAGUUAUAUUAUCCGGGAGAACAUCGAGUUCAUAACGUUACGCCAGAAGAGGGUUAUGUUAGGUGAGUAAAAAAAGUUUUAAAAGUGGAGUCCGAGCAAAAAUCAAGUUGUGCUCAUUUAAAAGAGCGUGUUUCAAUUAGUACAAUCCACGAAGAAUCCUAAACUUCUUGAAAACCAAGAAUCAUGAUUGCUCUUUUCAAAGUUCCAACAAAUUCUUUUCUCCCCCCAAAUUUCCCAAUCUUCUUUCAGACACUACCGCGAUCAACAAAUGUGGAAUUGGGGCAGUAGAUGGCUCAAAAACGUCGCCAAAUUCGGGCCAUUCUCCCAAACGUAUUACCCCGAAAACCUGCAAGCAAAAUUGAUAGAAAACGUGCGGCGAAGAGUGCAAAAUGUGUAUCUGAAUUAUAAUUUACGAUUAGAAGAUUUGGGUUAUCUUGAUUGAUUUGCUAGAUGUUUUAUUUUUUUUUGGAAACCGGGUAUUUUUCUGAUAAAUAUGAAAAAUAAAACAAUAGAAUGCACGGUUUAUUAAAAAUCGCCCACGAAACAAUUUUUCGACAAAAUCAUAUUUGUACAACUGUCUCUCCAUAGCUACAGUUAGUCUCUUGAUUUCCCCGCAACAGCAAUAAUGUCCUUCAUAAAAAUCCUUCUAGUGAUAUUUCCAAUUACUUUUCUAGUAUUUUUAAUUCUUAGCAAUGACGAGGAGAAUACUUAUAAUUUAAUGAUGAAAAAUUAUAGUUUCAAUAGAGAUGUUGGAGCUAAAAAUGAAAACGUUGCAGUAAUAAAACCAGGGAAUAAAUGGAUUGUGGUGACGAGUGUUAGCUUGCCAACAGAUGAUGUUAGGGUAAGAUUAUUUUCUCCCGAAGUUAGCCUAAGUCCAAUGAUUCAGCGACUCGCCUCAUUUGAUGAUUGGAAUCUAGUCGUUGUCGCCGACACCAAAACUCCCACCAAUUGGCAUCUUGAAAACACCCAUUUCCUAUCCAUCGACUAUCAAAAAUCUCUAGAUUUCCGAAUCACAUCUCAACCUCCUUUCAAAUCCUACACUCGCAAAAACAUCGGAUACCUUUAUGCGAUUUCAAAUGGUGCUGAGUGGAUAUAUGACACUGACGAUGAUAAUAAACCCUACGCUUUGGGCCUGAAUCAAUUCGAUUAUGAGCAGGAAAUCAGUGGGUUACGCUAUAUUAUCGAUUUUCAAUCAUCAAUGCUCGACAAACUCUUCAAUCCCUAUCGAUUUUUUGGGAUGGAGAGAAUGUGGCCACGUGGAUUCCCGUUGGAAUACGUCAAGGAGCAUACGAAUGGGAAAGAUCGACAGAUUCUUUGCUCAAAAAUGCAGACUUCGGCAGUUCAGCAGGGAUUAGUUCAUCAUGAUCCAGAUGUGGAUGCGAUCUAUCGAUUAUUGAAUGCUAAUUCGAAGACUGGAUUAGAUGUUGGGUUCAAUAAAUUUGCACCAUCAAUAACUUUGGAUGUUGGAACUUAUGCGCCUUGGAAUUCGCAAAACACAUUAUUUCAUAAAUCUGCAUUUCAUAUUUUGAUGUUACCAACAACUGUGUCAUUUCGAACAACCGAUAUUUGGCGAUCAUUUUUCGCGCAAAAAAUUCUGCACCUAUCCGGGCUUACUGUCUCAUUUACCCCUGUAAAUGCUGUGCAAUUCAGAAAUUCACACGAUUUUCUGAAAGAUUUCAAAGACGAGGAGCAAGUUUAUAAAGAUUCAGGGAAGAUUCUUAGAUUUCUAGAUUCAUGGAAUUGCUCUUACGUGGAAAUAGAAAACUGUAUGCGAGAACUGGCUGAAGAUUUUGUUGAAAAUGGAUUUUGGGGAGAAGAUGAUCGAGAAUUGAUUGAUUUUUAUAUUGAGGAUUUGAAAGGGAUCAAUUGGACCUUUCCAAUGUUUUUGGAUAAAAUAUCGAUUUACAAUGCAAAUGAGAAAGAAUUCAAUGCAAAUUGUCGACGAGCUCAAUUCGAAUUUGAUUUGAGUUAUCAGAACUCUCUAGCAAAAGCUUCUCAAAAACUGCAAAACUUUGGAGAACUUGCUGAUUGGUGUGAAGAAUCAAACUACACAAAGUUCACGAAUUCUUAUCCAACACCUCAAGAAUUACAGGAAAAUCAUGAAAAUAAUUAUGUCCUAGAGAAACAUCUCAAAAAUGUUCUUAUAAUUGUGAAUAAUUAUCCAUGGAGAUUCGGAAUUGGAUACCUUCAGAAAUUAUAUCAGCCCUAUUUUGCGACAGUGGUUUUUUGUGGAACUUAUUAUCCCGAAGAAUAUCCGAAGACAAACCAGGGAUUUCCGGAAACCCAGGAGCCUUUCAAUUUUAUUCAUUUGAAUCCAAAUGAGAUUCAGAAGGGAUUUUUAGGUAUCUGAAAAUAUCCCUCACAAUCAGAUGCAGAAAUUUUCAGGCUAUCACUGUUUGACACUAUUACACGAAGUUGGUCUGCAAAAUGUUGAGGGAUACAUUUUCAUGGCUGAUGAUACGCAUUUCAACAUUUGGCAACGAAUUGAUUUUGGAAGAGUUUUCCAUUUGACUGGAAUGGCAUGGAUGAAUUCGACAGAAUGGUGGACUCAUAAGGUUUAUGGUUUUGUUUGCACAGCUAUUUAGAUCAAUUCGUGAUUUUCAAAAAUAGACAACAAUGGGAUAUUGUAUUUUAAAUAAUGAAAAAAGAGUGUAGUUUGAUCAGUGAUUUCUUUUCACAUAAUGGGCCUAUGCAGAAUAAUAUUUUGUAAUAAAAAACAAAAUAUACAGUUUAUUAUUUUUGAGUAGAGACAAUGUGAAAUUGAGAGAGUGCAGACAGACAAAUUGAUUUUUCGCACAAAAAAUACAAAAAACUGUCUGCACUCUCUCAAUUUCACAUUGUCUCUACUCAAAAAUAAUAAACUGUAUAUUUUGUUUUUUCGACGUUUUUCUGCAUUGAAAAAAUAUGUUUUUUAUUACAAAAUAUUAUUUAUGCGCAUAGGCCCAUAAAACAAAAUCAUUUCCCACUUUUGAAAAAAAAUCAUCUAUAGAAUUUUUUUGCAAGUUUUGUUUGUUCAGAUGUGGCAACAAAGAACAUCAAAUUUCAAAAUUUUGCAGGAACUCCCGCUGCUCAACGAAUCCUCGCCGAAAUAUCCAACACAACAGAUCUCAAAAAACUGGAAACCUGGAAGAAGUUCGAAACCGGGCUCAAAACCUAUGGCUUCAUUUCUUCGAAUCAAACCGCCGCUGAUGAUUUGCUCAAUGGAAAAGGUCGAAGCAUUUCCGAUUUUUUCUAUAUCCCAAAAUCCGAAAUCUCAUACUAUUCCCAAAUUAUGCGAAUCUUCUUUGAGAACAAAUUGUUCCUCGAACUCGCCGUAAAUCGAUUUCUGAGAUCUGUGAUGCAUCAAACGUGAGUUUCCUGGGGCGGUUCAAUAUGAGCAAUGUUCAAUUUCAGCUCAAGACAUCGUGGCCUCUCAUAUCUUUGGGCUGACCGUAAAAAUUGGUCAGAAAAAUAUAGUGUUGAGAUGGUUGCGAUGCAUCCAAUCAAGCUUAGCAAAUUCAAAAAUCCGAAUGAGGAUCGCAAAAAAUAUUGCUCAAUAAUUCUCCAACCCUGGCAUCAGAUUCUAUUGGAGGAUUCCAAAAAUUUUACCGUAAAACUGGAUGAUGAACCAGAUUAUAUGAAUGGCUAA